UUUACAUCACCCGGGCCGGAGCUGCAGCCCUGCUCUCCGCGCUCCCGAGACACUCGCAGCGGAAGCGGCCGCGGCUCCGCACACGUCCGGCCGCUGGGGACCGAGGCCAGAGCCUCACCCGGAGCCGAGCUCGGCGGCGGCGGAGCAGCGCGGGCCACCGAGGAGUGCCAGGCGACCCUGAGCUCUUUCUGCGCCAGGACCCCGCCGCGUGCUAGGGCAAGAUGCGAGCCAGCCCUCUGGCUGUUCCAGCAAAUGUCCCCUCCAGGAAGAAGCGGUUGGAGCUGGAUGAUGACCUAGACACUGAGUGUCCCAGUCAGAAACAAGCUCGAAGUGGGCCCCAGCCCAGGCUACCCUCCUGCCUGCUGACGCUGAACCCACCGCCUGCUCCUGUUCAUACUCCCGAUGUGACCACUGCCUCCAGGCUUGGACCCUAUGUUCUCCUGGAACCUGGGGAGGGGAGCCGUACCUAUCGCGCUCUGCACUGUCCCACAGGCACGGAGUACAUCUGCAAGGUGUACCCGGCCUGCGAGAGCCUGGCGGUGCUGGAGCCCUACUGGAGGCUGCCUCAUCAGGGCCACGUGGCCCGGCCGGUGGAGGUCCUGGAGGGCACGCAGCACCUCUACGCCUUCUUCCCGCGGCCACAUGGGGACAUGCACAGCCUGGUGCGCCGCCGGCGUCGCCUCCCGGAGCCCGAGGCCGCCGGGCUCUUCCGCCAGAUGGCCGCCGCCCUGGCGCACUGCCACCAGCACGGGCUGGUCCUCCGAGACCUCAAGCUACGGCGCUUCGUCUUCACCGACCGGGAGAGGACGAAACUGGUGCUGGAGAACCUGGAAGAUGCCUGUGUGCUGACUGGGCCUGACGACUCCCUGUGGGACAAGCACGCAUGCCCAGCCUACGUGGGCCCCGAGAUCCUCAGUUCCCGGGCAUCCUACUCAGGCAAGGCGGCAGAUGUCUGGAGCCUGGGUGUGGCACUCUUUACCAUGCUGGCCGGCCACUACCCCUUCCAGGACUCAGAGCCUGCCCUGCUCUUUGGCAAGAUCCGCCGUGGCACCUUUGCCCUGCCUGAGGGCUUCUCGGCCCCCGCCCGCUGCCUGGUCCGCUGUCUCCUCCGAAGGGAGCCAACUGAGCGGCUCACGGCCUCGGGUAUCUUGCUGCACCCUUGGCUGCGGGAGAAUGCCAUCCCUGCAGCCCCACCUCAGUCCCGCCACUGUGAGGCUGACCAGGUGGUCCCCAAAGGGCCGGGGCUGGAGGGAACAGAGGAGGAGGGAGAAAGAGAUGUGGGUCUCUAUGGCUGAUGUCACCUGACUGGACUCUCAGCUGCAGACAGUGGGUUGAGCCUAGGGUAUCUCUAAGCUCUCUUCUGCCUCUUUGAGCUGAGCCAAACCUUAAGUGCCUUCUGGGAGGAAGAGAGGAGGAGGUGUGUGCAGAGCAUGCUGGACACACACACCUGUACAGACGAGCUCGUGCCCCACCGAGUCCUUCUCCGGAGCUCCCUCUGCCAAGCCCUGUUCCGGAUGCUGGGAACACAGCAGUGAACGACAGAGACAAAGUCCUGCUCAGAGCGGACAAUACUUUCCAUGCCCAUGAGUCAGUGUCUACACUGAGCACCCACAGUGCAGGGGCUGGCAUCCACUCGUGCUGAUGCCCAGGCACCUCUGACGUGGGACAGUCCCUGUCACAAACAACCCAGCUGCCUUUGUAUCUCCUGCCUUUUCAGGGGAAUGGAAGCAAACCUGUGCCAAAGGCUCCAGGUCUCUCCCCUGUGAUUCAGGACCCUAGAGCCCAGACCAGGCUGGGAAUUGUGCUCCCAGCAGCUCUGUCCUCUUGGCCAAGGGCUUCUCCAUCCAGGCUUGAGCCAAGGAUUUGGGCUGGAAGAUCAGGAGUGCAAACCGUGAGGCUGGUCCUCAUCUUACUGAAAGAGUAGUUUGGAGUGAGGGUCCAGGCCUGUCCACCUCCAUGGACCAAGCACCAAGAUCAGGCAAGUUCUGUCCCCUGGCCUCCUGGAAAGUCUCAGGUGCAGGGCCCUACGUUAACAAUAUGGGUUUAGAUGCCAUGAGUGUGUAUUUUUUAUCUUGCGGCUCAUAAAGGAAUUAUGAAAUGCUGUCAUCUCUCUUGGAUAUUUCGUCCAUCUUCUUCUCUCCAUCUCUUCUGAGUUUUCUGUGCCUCUGAAACCAGCCUCAGGGUGAAAGGUCAGAGGCCUUGUGUCUCAAUCUCUGAGUGGUUUGUGAGAAUAGGAGACCCAGUGGGUCUUCUCUCAUUUACUCUGUUCUUUCUGGAUGUUCCGAUGUCUCAGGGUACUGUUUGACUGCAAGUCACCGAAAUCUUGAGUCAAAGUGGAAAGAAAGAAGGAGACGAACCAGGAAGUCAACAGGCAGAGAGGGGAUAGGCUUCAGGGCUCAUUUAUUCAUCUGGCUCAGUCGGUAAAGAAUCUGCCUGCAAUACAGGAGAACUGGGUUUGAUUCCUGGGUCAGGAAGAUCCCCUGGAGAAGGAAAUGGCAACCUACUCCAGUACUCUUGCCUGGAAAAUUCCAUGGAAAGAGGAGCCUGGUGGGCUGUAGUCCAUGCGGUCACAAGAGUCGGACACGACUUGAUGACUAAACCACCACGGAGCUGUUAGGAAGGACCCUGGCUCCCUAUGUUCAUUCUGUCUUGGCUCUGUUGUCCCAGGUAACUGCUGGCACAAUGGCUACAACCAUCUGUGGUGUCACCUAAGACAGACCCAUGACCAGAGGAAGAAGGAGGGUGGUACCUGAAAACUCAUUACUCUGGAGUCAGGCUGCCUGAAAUUAAAUCCUGGCUCCAACACUCACUAGCUGUUCGACCCUUGGCAAAUUUCUUAACCACUCUAUACCGCAGAGACUUCAUCUGUAAAAUGAGAGAUAAUAGUACCUAACCCAAGAAAGUUGAAUGGGUUAUUUUAUUUAAAGCACUUAGAAUUAACAGUGCCUUGCAUAACAAGUCCUCAAUCAGAGUUAGGUGUUUCUCUCUAUAACUUUUCCACGGGAUGAGGAAAGCUUUCCUAGGAGCACUCUGAACAGAUUUGCCCACAUUCCUCAUUGGCCAGACCUGGGCCUUGUGCCUUCUCCUGACCAAUCACCAGCAAGGGAAAUGCAGUUAUGUUAAUUAUCAUGUCAAUUCUCCAGCAGUUUCCCUGAGGCUCAUGCUACAUAUAGGGAGUUGGGAUGGUGGGGGAAAGAUACCUGCACAAAAUCAAAUUCUGAGAGUGAGGAGGAGUGGGAAAAAGUGCAGAGGAAGAGAACUGUGGGAGCUCCCUCAAUAGCUUGCUAACUGCAGACAGGUGAGGGAGGCUAUCGUAGACUGCCCAGCCAUCAGUUGACCCUCCAGCUGACUGAAAAUGCAGAGUUCAGUUAGGUUGACCCAGACCAGAAAAUUUCCCCAACUGACCCACAGGAUCAUGGGCUAAAUAAAAUGAUGAUUGUUUUAA